AUGGGCGAGCUGCCCAAACUAGGUAGUCUCUUACAAUCCUUCCCCGCCUUUGGGGGCACUGUGCAUCCCAGUAGUGACCACAAUGCGCGCUCAACGCCAGCCAUGGACGAGUGCUUGGCCCUCGACGAGGCGGUAAUCUGCUGUUGCCCGGUGCCAUCUUGGCUUGGGCCACCGUUUCACUGUACUGGGCGAUGGAGCCGCAGCCGUCUUCCACAUGGCGGUGACGAUGUCGACACCGGUAAUAGCUGGUUGAUACCAAGCAUGACGCACAGCAGCGUGAUCACGCGUUGCACGGGUUUAGUAUGA